GUCAGUUGGUGUCUGUGUCUUGAAGUGAUUGUGUCUAGUGCCUCCAGACUGUGGAUUAACUUUUACCUCAGGUGCGUCAGUUGAGAUGUGAGAGCGACCCAGAGCGCCAGCAUGGAGUCCCCCCCGCCACCGCUCCCAGCGAAGACCCGUCGCUCCUCCACGGCCCCGGUCAUCGUCAGCGCCACCCGACACUCUAGACCUCACGUUGUUAAGAUACGGGUCAACUCCGGACCGGUCGCCGCGCCGGCCGUCCACACGCACACCGGAGCAAACACCGUCAGAAUCAACAUCAACAGUGAGCUAGAGGAGCUCAACAUGAGGGGAAGUUCUCCUUACUACUUCUACACCUCCGGACAAUCUUCCCCCAGUGAUACUCUAGAUAGUGGUACCUGCAGUGACCUUGAGCACGGGAGCGCCCCGCCGCUGCCCAAGAAAGGUGGAGUGACCGUCACAGUUCACCAGAGGGGCGGAAGCCUGACGAGUAGUGGUGCCGACGCUGAGAGUGAUGACGAAAUCAGUUGCGACUCCUUGAACAGCAGCGAGUUGGAUGGAAGCACUGGGAAGCAAGAAGAGGUGCAAGAGGACCCGAUAGUUUUGAGGGAGAACCAUCACAACAUCCACACUCAACAAAUUGAAGAAAUAUGUGAAGUUUCUUCCAAAUUGUCUCUCGAGGAACAUGAACCGCUCUCGACAACAAUCAGCGACGAAAGUGCUUCGUUGAAGUCUGUCGUCGAAGAACGCACCUACGAGGAUAGAAACAAACCCGCGGACGCGCCGUUCAACCCGGAUAGUUUCUAUAAGUUUCAUUUAAACGAAAACAGUUUCGAACCGGAAGUGACCAGUGCGCGGAAAGAUGACGAGGAUUACUUCGCGGGGUGCAAAGGUUUUCAGGAGGGAGAUCCUUCGUCGGCGACCAUCAGGAGUUCUAGAGGUACCAUCAGAGGAGUGAAAAAUAGAGUGAGAGCCGGGAUAGCUACCUUCCUGCAGAUACAAGCUACUAAGACAUGGCAAGAACGGGAAGCAGGCAAGAUAGUCGUCUACACCACCACCAUGGGCAUCGUCCGCAGCACCUACCAGAGGUGUCUGAAGGUGCGGCAGAUCCUCAGGACUCAUCUGGUUAAGUACGACGAGAAAGAUGUCUUCAUGAGCCGAGAGACGCAGGCUGAGAUCAAGGAGAGGAUGAACUGUGAGGAGAUUCUCGUGCCUCAAGUGUUCAUCGAGGGACAAUACAUCGGGGACGCCGAAGUAAUCGAAAGGUUGAACGAAUCUGGAGAGUUGAGAAGGAUACUAAAACCUUACAAGAGCCCGGACGCCUGUACCACCUGCCAGGUCUGUGGAGGAUACAGGUUGCUGCCAUGUGCUGUCUGUAACGGCUCCAAGAAGUCCGUCCACAGAAACCACUUCACUACAGAGCUGGUAGCUUUGAAGUGUAUGAACUGUGACGAAGUGGGACUCGUCAAGUGUUACGCCUGUUAACAUUGAAAUUUUGAAACCCUAUACAGGACGUAACCCAGCUCUGAUGUUAACACUUCAAUAUACAUCGAUUGUACAUUUAGUCUUAAAGAUGGUUGACAGGGUUUGGCAAGAUAGCACUUUGGCAGGCUAAAAAUAAAAUAAAUAGGGUAUCUUCUAUAGGUGGUUACUUUGUUUCUCACUUUGUUUAUUUGCUUCUUUGUUUUGUUGUGUAUCUGUUUCUCAAUGGUAUUUUGUAUUUAAGGACUAUCUGCAAUUUAAAUACUAAAUGUGUUCCUGAAUAAUAAAAUUAUAUUAUUUUAGGCAAAUCAAUAGUUUACAUCUAAGUGCACUGUGUUUAUUUCUGUUGCAGAUUGAACUAUAUAAUUUUCGGUCGGAUAUAAUUCGUAAUAAUAUUUUUUUUAUUGUUUCCUUGUCCCCCUACAGAAGUCUGUGGCAUUGUUGGUGGUUGAUAGGCACCCAACAUAAAUAACAUGAUAUAUUUAAAUAGUUUAUGUAAUUAUAUCUCAAAUAUAUUUCCAAACAUAGUUGAAAUCAACCAUAACAUAUAUUUGAAAUACAGUACAUUUCAGACCUGUUCUCCUCUCACAAGUUAACACUACUGACUUGAAAAAUCGAAUCAAAUCCUUUACUGUAGUCAAAUUGAGCUUAAGAGUUGGCAUGAGUUAAAUACAGUUACACACUGAUAUGAAAUAUAGGUGUUUUUUUUAAGUGUGCCACCAUUGGGAUCUCAGUAACUAACGAUUUUACAGCAAACUUUAAAUGGGGAACAUUCUCUUGUUUUUAAAGAGGUUCAAAAAUUAUUAAAUGAAAUGUUUGUAAAUGGCCGCCAUUUUUCAAUAUGGCUUUGAAAUUUCUAAUGGAUCACCCUAAAAAAAGUAAAUAAGUCAAAUAAGUCUUAAAAUUGCAUCCACAUUCCAAAAAUAUCAUAAAAUUCGUUAAAAAUAUUAAUUCUAUUAUUUCAAAAAUGGCAGCCAUUUUCCAAAAUGGUCCAGUUCCAAACUUGAAAAGUGGUAAACUGUGUAUUUUAUGGUCUUUAUGGAAUGUGGAUUCAAUUUUAAGACUUAUUUGACUUAUUUACUCUUCGCAUUUUCGCUACAAACCUACUUGUUUAGGAGCUACAUGAUGUAAAAUGUACACCGGAAGUCAUUUUUUCAUAGGCUGUAACUCCUAAACGAGUGGAGUCAUCGAAAAAAAUGUCAGGAAUAAAAAAGUUUUUAAAUUGCAUGUUCUAUCCGAAAACAUGAUAAAAUAUAGGGUGUUCCAUUAUAAAUUCCAAAGCCAUAUUGAAAAAUGGCGGCCAUUUACAAAAAUUUCAUUUAAUUAUUCUUGAACCUCUUUAAUAACAAGGGAAUGUUCCCCAUUUAAAGUUUGCUGUAAAAUCAUUAGUUACUGAGAUCCCAACGGUGGCACCCUUAAAAAAAACACCCUGUUUAUAAACAAACUACAAGAAACUGAAACCUCUAAUGAAAAAUCUAAAUACAUUUCAAAGAAAUAUAUUCCUAGAGUCCACAGAUACCACCAUGCUUCUUCCAAAAAAUGUAUCUCUCCUAAUUACUAUAUUAUUUAUUGUGAAAAUUUAAAUUAGUGUUUGUUUAACCCCACCCAUCACUUUGUAUUUAAAAUGUUGAUAAGCUCUUUAUAGGGAUUUCAAUAAUUUAAUUAAAUGUAUGUUAUGUAAAAGAAAUUAUAACUCUUUUUAUGUAAAUAAUUUUAGAAAACUUGCUACAUAAUUGAGAUCAUGCUUUCAGCAACGAACUAGUGUAGAAAAUUUGUUUUGGAAUAUAAUUUGUUUUAUAGAUGUACAGCAAAGUGUUAUCCUGCCAAGCCAGAACCUUCGGCCUUGACAACAUAUGUGACGAUGUUCUUCGUAAAAUAUUUCAUAACUGACAAUUUUGUGUCGUAAUAUUUUGCAUUUUAUGUUGCUAUUGUGGUUAGCAAGAAGUCUGAGUGAGACGAAUUCUAUUGGUGUUUGGAUUGGGUUGAUCUUAUUUCUACUUCAAAGUCAAACACCUGUAAAAGAGGAUUUAUCAUAAAUCCAUUUCAAGACAUUUCAACAACAUUUAUUAAUAUAAAUAUUUCAAUUUGUAGUAUAUUUAGUGAGCUAUUUACACUGUAAAUGAAACUUAAAAUAAGUCUAUGUUAUGUUCAAAGGCAAUUCUGCGUUGUAUUUUAACUUAUGAUUUAUUAACCAAAACUAAGUUUUUAAGGUUAAAUUUCAAACUGAAUUCUAGUUUUGACUUACUUGACUUAAUUCCUGUCGUUCCGAUCGGAACAUAGGGCGUCCACGAGACGUCUCCAGGCCUGUCUUUCUCCCGCCAGUCUUCUGAGCUCCCCCCAGGUCUUUCCCUCUGUAGCUGCCUCCUUUUCAACUGUUCUCCUCCAAGUGUUUCUUGGCCAACCUCUACGCCUUGCUCCUUGAGGGUUCCAUGUUAGGGCCUUCUUCUCUAUUGCGCCAUCUGGUUUCCUUAAGGUGUGCCCAAUCCAGUUCCAUUUCUAGUUUUACACAUCAUUAAAUUUCAUUCUGAAAUAUUUUGAUGAAUAGGCCAGCUCAAAUAUUUUAAUCUAUGAUUUCUAUUUUACUUUUAUUUUAAAAGUGAUGCAUUUAAUUACUUUACAAAAGCCUUGACUUUAAGACAGCUAUUGGUGUAAAUUUUCCAUCAGAGUCAAAACCAAAACUAACACUUUGUAUAUUCUUCCAGUCCUACGUAAUUCUUAAUGCCUUAAAAACUUAAUUAAUAAACAUAUUGCUUAAUUAUUGGGAUAAAUUUUGCAAAAUCGUUAAUCUUUUAGAGUUAAAAUUUAAAGGUAAUCAAACUUUUAUUUUUUCCAUGCAGACCUCCAACAUAUUUUUUCUCUUAAAAAGUAAUGAAUUAUUGCAAAUAUAAUCCCAAAGACAAAUCUUUAUGUUUAUUAAUUGGGUUUAAACUUUAAGUACCUUAUUUGAUAUUUUACAAUAUGUCUACAUAAAAAUAACUCGUUUGCUACUAAAUGCCCUUAGUCUCUUUCCUCCAAUAUUACAACUCGUUCAUUUAUAGCUAAAAUGAACGCAAUAACGUGUAUAUUGCUUGUAUGUAAGGGAUUACGAUGUCAAAUUUGUCUAAGAUAACUAUGUAACAGUAUCUUUUUUUAAGUUAUACAUUGUAAACCUUACAUAUGAUUUUAUUACUUUUAUGGCUUUAAUUAAAAGGUUCAAUUAAUUGAAUAUACCUUUUCUGCCUUGAUUAUUGUAAUUUAUAUUUGUUGUAAGCUCAAUUGAUUUUGUAAUAGUUAAGUUUCUAUGUAUAAUACAACGAAUGUUAUUUGUCUCUAAAAUUUGAGAUAAUGGUGCUUUAAUGUUGAUUGCAUUGUUUGUACAUAAAUGUUGUAAAAAUAAAUAUUUAAA